AUGUCUGAAGGCUAGACCCCCCAAAAAGAAUCGAGUGUGAUGGCGUUGGCUUCAAGUACUAAACAAGUAGAUCAAAGGGGUUCGGGGAAAGCGUAAAACAAUUUCCUCCCCCGCUACCUCUUUUUUCCUGUGGAAAUCAUUUUCCAAUUCCAAUCUGUGAAAACUUUGAUCUACAACAAAACAAAAAUGGGCGAUAGUGAGAGCGAGAGCGAGGCCCCCAAAGUGAAGCUACGUCCAAUCGUGCGACUUGGGAUGUUCCUCAUUUCUCACAGCCACCUCCUUAGUGUGGUUUGCUGCACAGCUGGGGUUCUCACUCUUCUUCUUCUGCCACUUCUCGCCAAGAACACCUACAUUUCCGAAAAUGCCCUCAUGCCAGGUUCAGCAAAUCCCAUGCUCUCUAGUCAAGAAGUCUCAGAGGCAAAUGGACUGGUGAAGGAUUUAACCAAUUUAGAUUUGAAACCUAUGGCCAGUGGCAUAGAAAGUCAAAGACUGAUUGCCCAAUAUAUGUCCAACUUGGGUGCCGAAGUUAGUUUUCAAAAGUUCUACCCUCAAUCAAAUCAGUUUCAUCCAUUGCACUUUUUUUCUAGCCCUGAUUCUGCAACAAUUCGGGAGAACAUUAGUUGUUCAUCAUUUGGUCUCAAUACUGUUGGAAUAAUAAGAGCCCCACGUGGUGAUGGGAAAGAAGCUAUUGUCUUGGUGACACCUUACAAUUCUGAGAAGAUUGGGUUGGGUGAGGCUUUAUCUUUGGGCAUUGCAUACUCAGUAUUUUCCUUGCUAACCCGAGUUACUUGGCUGGCCAAGGAUAUUAUAUGGGUUGUUGCAGAUUCAAAAUAUGGAGAAUAUGCUGCAGUUGAUGCUUGGCUAAGAGAUUAUUACAUUCCUGUAUUUAGUGGAUUAGGCACACAAUAUGCUGAAAUGUGUCAUGGACUGGAAGAGAACACUAUCACAGAAAGAAAUAUGCGUGAUGGUUUUAAACGAGCUGGGACUAUGGCUGCAGCCCUUGUGAUUAAGGUAGUGGAUAGAAGUGAACAAUUUGAGGACAGUCUUAGCAUAUAUGCUGAGGCAUCCAAUGGACAGAUGCCAAACCUAGAUCUCAUUAAUAUUGUAAAUUAUUUAGCAGUUCAUAGGCAAGGUUUGCGGAUAAAGGUGGAGAAAAUGUGGUCUUUACUUAACUGCAAAUGGCUCAUGAUUUUGGGAGAAAUACUUGAAUCACUAGGACAUUUGGCUAAAAGCUUAAACCCCCAGUGGAAGUUUGGUAUCCCAGCUGCAGAUUAUGUUGAGGGCACUGCUACGCUCGCAAGUUCAUUGUAUUACCAGGCUUUGGGUAUUCCAACAGGUCCCCAUGGUGCUUUUCGUGAUUACCAGGUAGAUGCAAUUACUUUGGAAAUUUCUUCUAGAGUUUCUUCAAAUAACAAGGGUAGGCAAAAUGACUUCCUUCUGCGAGGUGGCCGGUUGAUUGAAGGAGUUAUACGAUCAGUAAACAACCUCCUUGAAAAGUUUCAUCAGUCAUUCUUUCUGUACCUUUUAACAUCGCCUAGUAAGUUUCUAUCUGUUGGAGUCUACAUGAUCGCCUUUGCACUACUCGUUGCAUCACUCCCGAUGGUUGCAGCUUCUCUCUAUGCUCAUGCUAAUAAUUUGGAUCCUAGUUUUGAAAAAAACAAAUCCAAUCAUCCAGCCAGUGCUGCUAAUGAACUUGGCAUCACUCUCAGAUCAUGGAAAUGGCUCUAUGCAGCGAAAAAGGUUCUUGUAGUUCACCUGUGGGGAGCUGUUGUUUUAUUACUCCCAUACUUCAUCUGUCAAAUUCCCAAUUGCACUCCAACAACCAGCUUUGUAGUCUGGGUUUUGCUUUCAAUCUUCAGCCUUCUGAUCUUGUUCUGGAUUUUGGGUUCUCCAUUUUACUAUGUUAAUGCAUCUCAACCUCAACAAAGAGAAUGGGCUCUCUUGAAAUCGGUGACUAUUUCAGCUGCCUUCAUUGGUCUGUGCCUCAUGUCAGUCAUUAACUUUGCUACAGCUGAAAUUGGGGCUUUGCUAAUGGUCCCUAUGUGUUUGAUGGCUCACCCUUUGAAGCUUGAUGUUAAAUCUAGAAAGUUGAGAAAAUUUUCAAGGGUGGCUUGUAAUCUAGCUUUGGGGUUUAUUGGGUUUCCACCAACUGCUUUUUUGGUGUUUAAAGGUGUAUUUGAAGGCUUUGAUGGCAUUAGUGUUAGUGACUUCUGGAAUUGGUUGGAAUCCAUUUGGGCAUGGAGCAGUGCUACUUACCUCUAUAUAGGUAUGAUUCACCUGCCAUGCUGGAUAUUGUGUAUUCAUGUAAUACUUCAUCCUUGUUGACAUGUCUUUCUCAAUUUUACCGUGUAUUACUGAGCGAAUUAAACAUACAAAUCAUAAGAUUAAUUGCAUUUUUAUCUCAAUGUUAUC